AUGGGAUCGCACUCAUCUGCAUGGCAGCCGCUGGAUGUUGCCGUGAUUGGGGGAGGAAUCGGGGGGUUGGCUGCCGCUACAUCGCUUCGACGGGCAGGCCACGCCGUAACGAUCUAUGAACGAGCGGACUACUCUGGUGAAGUGGGAGCCUCUAUCAGUUGUGGCGCCAACGGCACACGGUGGCUGGAAGACUGGAAGGUGGAUCUUGACAUUGGUCGGCCGAUUGUAGUCGAGAAGUUGAUUCGACACGACCUCGAAACUGGGGAGGUGCAGGAUGUCUAUGACCUAUCCGACUACGCCGUGAGAUGGAAAUACCCAUACUACAACUUCUACCGAGUCGAUAUGCACGCCAUGCUGAUGCAAUCUGCCACCGGACCCGGGAAAGGAAAACCAGCAGUGCUGAAGGUGAACCAUCAAUGCGAGACCGUGAACCAUGAGACAGGAACCGUGACAUUCCACAAUGGAAUCAGCGCCCGCCAUGACUUGGUGAUUGGCGCAGACGGUGUCGGCUCCGCCGUGCGCAAGUCCCUGGGGAUUCUUCCUGAACGAAAAGCAGCUACAUCGACCUCGUAUCACUGUGUGAUUCCCACGGCAGAAGUCCGUCGGCUGGGCUUACCGGACAUGUCGGUGAACAACGCUCUGGAGUAUUGGGGCGGUCAUGGCCCGAGCAAGAUCAUCUUUUCGGCCUGUCGCGACGGCGAGGUGCAUUCCUUCUACACGUUCUUCGCUAAACCGACCGGGGAGACGGCCGAGGAAGGUUGGAACUUUUCGGGAUCGCGCGACCAGUUGCUGGCGCCCUUCCCUAACUUAGAUCCGGCUUUGCGCGCCUUGCUAAGCCACGCCAGUGAUAUCAAGCCCUGGCGUUUGUAUGUCCACAGCCCUUAUCCCCAGUGGUCUCGUGGUCGUACGGGCAUUUUGGGUGAUGCGGCCCAUCCUAUGCUCCCCGAUCAGAGCCAAGGGGCGUGUCAAGCCAUCGAAGACGCAGCAGCUCUCGGCAUCAUCUUUGGCCCACGUUACACAUUCACCGUGGACGUGGUAGCCGGCUUGCGUCUAUACGAAAAGAUCCGCAAACCGCGCGCUAGUCGCGUGCAGGAAGCCAGUGCCCGAGCUCGUGAGAAUCUGUCGGAGCGAAUUGGUUUCUCCAGUCAGAGAAAUAGCAGCCUGUAUAAGGUAGCCCAUGAAGGCCAAAAGCUGACUAUUGAAGAAGUCAACGAGUACGUGAGCGGACAAGCUCUUGGACUUGGCGAGGAAAAUGAGGACGCUAACAGUGCCUACAGAUACGAUAUGGAUCGCCACAUCGCGACGCAGGCCGAGUCAUGCUAA